AUCUCCUUUGUCCUGUGGCAGGGAAGCAGUGGACAUGGCAGCUGAGCUAUAUAAUCGUGUGGAUGAGGGUGUGCACAGUCUUGUCAAGUUGUCUAAUAAACGCAUACAAGAAAUGGAACUGGUCAUCGAGUUUGAUGCCUUUGAAGAACAAUUUUGUGAGGUCGGCAGCUGGAUAGAGAAUGUUGGUGAGCGGUUACUGAGGGAGUGCACUGUUCUGGAGGAUUCCCUGGAAGUUCUUCUCCAAACACAGCGACGUUUCCAGGAAUUUUAUGUUGUUGCACUUGAAUACUGCAGGAGGGCUCAGGAGAUGAUGCAGAUCUCAGAAAAGUGGCAAAGCCUAUCGUCCCCUGAGAUUCAAAAGUACAGAGUGAAGCUGCAGAGGUGCAAGGACAAACUGGGAGAUUUCUCGUGGAGGCUGGAAGAAGCCCGCACCAGGCUUGAGAAAACUGUGAUGUUGUAUCAGUUUUUUGACAAGAGAUCAAAAGUCCCCUCCAACCAGAAGUCUGAAUCAUCCAAACCUUCCUGGAAACCAGGAUCUUCUUGGUCUAAAAACAAAAUGACCAACUCAAAUCUGCAUGAACAUCAGUCCCCCAUGGGAAUGGUUUCAUCUGACCCACGUUCCAUAGGAUGCUGUAAAGGCAGAUAUUGGAAUAGGUUGGAUAUGGUCGAUGUGAGGGAUAUAGGACCUCUCAAAACUGAGAGCUGCCAGGCAGAAGUCAAG